CCUUGAUAUUAUUUUUUAUAUUUGAACUAAAAGCUAACGGGUGUGCGCUAAGUCAAUACGUACUCUAGCGACUAGAGGCCGCUGAAUCCAAGCUAGAAGUCGAUUAUUUUUAGCGCCAUGCUAUUUUCAUUAGUACGUCGGGUGGCACCUCUCGAAAGCAGUGCACGCGAGUAUCGUGUCGAAACGUUUAUUAUAAUUGCUUUUAUUCGACGAUUAUAAACGUUAACGUAUCGAAGGAUAUAUAAAUUUCAACGAGAGAAACCCAGAUCUAAAUAAUUUCACGAUAAUAGAUCGUCAACGUCAAGCUGCCAAGCAACUUGCUUCUCUGAGAAUACACGCUUUUUGAAUUCUCGGCAAAUCAUAACAACAACAAAGUCGAUAGCAAACGACCACUGAGAUAUAAUUCAGAAAAGCAGAAAAGGGAGAACGACGAUACGGACAUUUUCUAUUAAAUCCGACAUUGCAAUUUGCCGGUCGUGCGGAUCAGUGAACGUAAAUGAUAGCAUGGACUAUUCGUAUGGAAUCCUUGAUAAGGAAGAUCUAUAUAAAACGGUUACAUAUAUAACGUCAGGAUAAAUGAUAUUUUUCAAGGAUAAGUACAAUUAAAAAAAGACCCCUAUAAAAAAGAAAGAAAGAAAAAGAGAAAAGAAACUGAGAAAAAAUGGAAAACAUAUAUGUAAUUUAUCAUAUGAAAAUGUCAACCAAUGGCAUCUUUCCAAUACUAAUUUUACUAUCGGUAAAAAUAAGCUCGUUUAAAUCCGUUUAAUUAGUCUCAUUCGUUACUGUUUCCAAACCAGGUAAAAAUCAAAUUCGAGAUAAAUGAUCGAUGAAAUCGAAGCUAGCUAAGACAAAAACAUAAGAAAAAGAAAAAAGAAAAGAUAAAAUUAAAUCAUCGGGAAAACUAUAUCCAUAAUAAUUACAAUAUAUUCCAAUAACACGAAAGAAUCACGUUCGAAGAUAUCACGGUUAGUUAAGAAAAAAAAAAAUCAGAGAGAAAGAGAGAAAGAAAGAAAAAUUAAAUCACUGAGGUCACAAUUUCGAUAAAGAAUCAUGGAAACGAACAAAUCGUUGCAUAGACCGUCAUCAACGAAUGGACAGUGGCAACGUGGAAGUUAUCGUUAUCAAUGUGAAAGAAGGAAACGGCGACGACGGAAGCCUUGGAGCGAAAAGAUAUGUGACUGGACCAGGACACUGAUAGCCUUCCUCUUCAGUAACGUUGGAGUAGUAUGCCUCGUCGUAGGUUAUACUAUAGUCGGUGCUUUCCUGUUCACUUAUAUCGAGGCCAAAGACAGCUUGGACAUAUCCGGUGACGUCGUCAAGCAAAGAAACAUCACGGCUGCUAAGCUUUGGGACUUGACUUCAAAGGAGAACAUAUUCUCCGAGAGAUUAUGGAAAAAAGAAGUUAGGAAUAUAUUAGAGAGGUAUCAACAAAAAAUGGUUAAAAAUAUAAGAGACGGUUAUGAGGUUGUUACCGAAGAACACAAAAAGUGGACUUUUGCGGGUGCAUUUCUUUACUCUCUUACUGUCAUUACGACCAUCGGCUAUGGGAAUAUUUGUCCUAAGACGAAAUGGGGUAAAUUAUGUACGAUAAUAUAUGCCAUAAUCGGUAUGCCAUUGUUCCUACUUUAUUUAAGCCAGAUAGGAGAUAUUUUUGCGAGAAGUUUCAAGUGGAUCUACGCACGAUGUUGCCUUUGCAAAUGUCAUAAAAAACCACGUGAUCCGAUUAAUUUGGAAGUAUUAAAAUUACGUACAGAAACGAAAGUGCAAAGAAAUCAAUGGCAGCACGUAGGAGAGACAAAGACUUCUAAUGUUUAUGAAGACAUCAACGUAAUAGAAAUGAAUAAUAUCAAUGGAAAAGCAAGUAUGAACAAUAAGGUCAACGAUGGUAACAGUAGCUGCGAUUACGAUCCACAACAAGUAACUGUACCAUUAACACUUUGUCUUGGUAUUAUGGUGGGGUACGUUAUAGCAGGUGCUUUGCUAUUUUCAAAAUGGGAAGACUGGAACAUGUUAGAUGGGUCUUAUUUUUGUUUCGUUUCAUUGUCAACAAUUGGAUUUGGUGAUAUAGUACCAGGUGAUAGAAUUUACUCGGGACAAGGACUCGAAUUAUCUUUCAUCUUUUGUUUCAUGUAUCUCAUGCUUGGUAUGGCACUCAUCGCUAUGUGUUUCAAUCUGAUGCAAGAGGAAGUAAUUGCUAAAGUUCAUAGUUUGGCACGUAUGAUCAAGUACAUCUUCAGAUGCGACAGGUGAUGAUAUUAAGAUGAUUAAAAACGUUCGAUAACUAUACUUGAGUUUAAUCAACCUAAAAGGAAAACUAAAAGGAUUCAAAAAAAAGAAAUGAAAAAAACUACUCACUUCUCAUUCGUUUGGACUAAUCUUAUCAAUUUCAAGGAAUAUAUAUAUAUAUAUAAAAAACGCAUCUUAGGAUCCACGAGAUUGAAUUACAAUUCGUAUUACAAUUCGUGAUAUUCGAAGACACUCCUACGUCAAUCGUAGAAAAAAAAAAAGAAAAUACGAGCAAGAUUACGUGUACAGGAAGAACUUUGAAGCUUCUCUCGCUCGUGAGAGAGGAGAGGAAAGCAUUCUUCUAAUUUAUGCUUUCCCUGGGGGAUGACUGACAACAAGUGGUUGCCGUCGCUUACGGAGGAAAUUAAUAGACGAUUGGGCAAUCAAUUUCUGUUUAACUUUCGAAAAGCAAUGGUAAAAUGUAAUAUUCGAGUGAAAUACUAGAGGAUUUCAUCUUUGACAGGAAAUUAAUCUUGACAGAAUCUAAAUGGUCGAAUAACUAAACGACGUCGAUAGUAGUAGAGAAGACGAAAACCCUUGGGAAAGAAGAAGAAAGGAGAGAAGAGAAGAAGGGUGUGAUAGUGACUGUGAUAGUAGUUGUAAUAGUAGUAGUAGUAGUAACCGAAAUAAGACGCCUCGUCUUAAAACGACGAUCUCCGUAAACUCCCGAGAGAAAAAUUCCCGUUUGGUAUCGAGGAUUCGAUAAUGGGAAUUAACGAGGAAGACAUUGCACUCGUGCCGAUCAUUUGAAUAUUCUUAAACGGCAACUUUAACGGAUCUAAUGAGUGACUCUGGAUGUGUGCUGCGAAGGAAUUCCUUUAAGAUUUAAUGUUUCGACGGCGACCAUUGUCGACAUAGUCGGAAGAAAGUGAACAACAUUCGAAGAUGGGCCUUGAGUUUGCUGUCUAACAGAAAAACAAAAUAAAUUGCCUAUAUAUACAUAUAUAUAUAUAUAUAUACACACAUAUAUAUACACAUAAUGAUUUAUCUAUAUCGACUAACGAAUCAUUAUUAUUACAACGUAGAGAAAAUUGCCUAACUUAUAUACAUAGAUACAGAAAUACACAAAAUAUAUGUCAUCGAAUGACAUUUUCAAUGAACUUACAUGUACUACCUCGUGUAUGCCUAAUCAGAAGAUUUUUCAUCACGCGUGUGUGACAGUGAUAUAUUACAACAUAGACAAAAGGAAUGUUUAAUUAACGAACAGCUAAGAAUCGAUAUAUAUCAUCAAUUUUUUCUAUCUAUCUAUCUAUCUAUCUCUCUCUCUCUCUCUCUCUUUUUCUCUUUUCUACAAUCAAAUUCCCGAGCAAAAAGUAAAGAAACUGUUCGUAAAUUAAUACGUCGAGAAGAAAAUGGAACGGAGGGUGACUAUUAUUUUCAAAUGCAUCGCCCAGAAAACGUCGAUAAAGACGAAAUAGCCGUCGAGAAGCCAAGGAUGUCACGUGAAUCCCUCCACGGAAGAUAGGACACGUUUCAUAAAGUUUCAUGCUCGCUACGAGCAAGAGGAAAAAGUUUCUUCCACUUCGGUGAGCCGAUAUGCUCGACGACACGGCCGUAGGAAGUCGAAAACCGAUACGAUAGAGAAGGGAAAGCGAUCUCUGAUAAGGUCGGGCAUCUCACCAGAUGGAUGAGGACGGCGAUACCAAAGGAACGGUAGAACAACGAUAGGACGUUACCGCUUGCGGCUGCAGCUGCGGCGUCGAUCGCUGCAUCUGCAGCUGCGGCGGCAGCGGCAGCGACGGCG